GAUCUGUUAAUGUUGUUACACAGCGUUGUUCCAAACACAUUUUGUUAUUAUGUGUUUGUAGCGUCAUUGUAUACUGAUAGUUUAACGUUAUAGCAAUGCUGCUUUUAGCAAUAAUUAUUCGUUUUGGGAGCUUUUCACUGUUAGACCGUCAAAAGUCGUUUUUUGGGGGGAUUUAGGAUUAACAUUACGGUGUAUUACGUUUAGGAGAAGCCAAAUACAUAUCUGUGUGACACUGACUGACUGCUGUGUUCACUGCAAUGGCUCCUCUCAAAUUUGUCAUUAAGUGUGGGAACUUUGCUGUGCUGGUGGAUCUCCACGUUCUGCCCCUGGGCGGCCAAGAGGACACCAGCUGGUUUACUACGAACCACAUCGAGGAUGUUACAACUCUGGUUCGAGAUUCUGUGGACCAAAGGGUUAAGCAGUACACAGAGUCCCUCCACAAUAGAAGACAGCCCAAACAGAAAAAGGAGCUGGCACCUGCUUCAGCCUUUGUUGUGAAAGGGAAAAACUUCAACCUAGUUGCCAAUUUUCUGAAGCGCCACUCCAGCCUCAGAUGUAUUGUCAAGCAGCUCUAUGGGGAUUUGCGUGUGUUUCCUGAGCGCUAUGUUGUGUGUGUAAGCUGUCCAGAGGAUGCCUCAGCGCACCAUGGAAACCCGAGCCUGGCCGCGACUGAGCUGAGUGAACAAAGCCGAUCUGAAUAUUUUUCCAGAGUGGGAGAAACCCAAGAGCCUUUAAACAGCCCCACAAAAACAAAGAAGACUGUGCUUCAAAAGAUAGCCAAACAAGCUGGUGUCCAGCGAGAGCUCUAUGGUUCCAGUUUGGGGGAGCAGCAAAUUGACCAGAGAGCCUUUCCCAAAGACCAAAGAGGGGAACAUAGAGCUGGAGAAUCGGAAUCAAGUCCAAAAGAGACUGUUUCCAGCUCUGGACAGAAGUUCCUCCCAGAGGCAGAGCACCAGGUGCCUUGCUCCAGUGCCAGUGAGGCCGUGGCUCAGAUUGGGACAACUCGAAAGCAGGGUCUGACCCAGCAGCAGCAGGCUGAGAAUUGUCUUCCAGACAGCAUCAGUCCAAAUGGAGCCUCAGUAGUUUUCUGCCAACAUGAAAUCAGUCAGGAGACCAGUAAGAGCAAGAGGUAUAAGCCGAGCGAUGCAGGGGAAGACCCUCACCCACAGAGGUCCAAGAGGACAUGCCUUGGAAGUCCUCCAGCCACAAUGCAAACUCACUCCACUGAGUGCUCCACACAAACAUCCAAGCAUGACCUUCUUCUUCUGCCGCCCCUUCCUCCAGUCGAAGCCAAGGCAGAGUCCAAGGCUUUCCCAGUCUCCGAGUGCAAGAAAACCACACUGGAAGUAGAGCUGCUUACUCCAGGGAAACGGGCCCAGAGGCUCCCCCUCACAAGCAAUAACACGGCACAGACAAACCAAAACAGGCUGGCCGCAAGUCUGAGGGGCCUAUCUGUCAAGCCUGCAUCCUCAGGCUCCUCUAUUAGUUCCAGAUCCACACUCGGAGAGGAGGGGAGUGAAAAUGUGCCCAGAACCUCCAGAUUACGACGACUGAAGAGGUCCUGAGGGGGAGAGACAAGCUACAGUAAAGAUGCCUGACGCCACAGAGAUACAGAUGAUAUUGUGUCAGGCUACAUGUUUACCCCUCGCAGUCUCCUCAGAUGCCUUGUAUUUGUACACACGUCACAUUUUAAUAUGUAUUCUUCUCACAUAUGCUGUACAUGGAGCACACACAGACACAGCUCAAAUGCUGAACACAUUAUGGCAACUGAUACAUGAGCGUUUGAGUUACGCUUUGUCAAAUACUUGAAACAGACUUUGCCUCCACCCAUAAGUAGUGGUGGUCAAGAGAGGCUUGCAAAUGAAAGUCAAAAACCUUUAAUUGGAGUUUAGAUUUGGUUUUGUGUUAAAGAUUGGGGAUUUCAGACAGGCAGGAGCCAUGCAGUACGUCAUGGCUUUCAGUCUGAAACACUGGCUCCUACAUGUCUGAAAACUGUCCAGUUUCCCUGCUGAAGCUCUGGUCUGAUUGAUUGCUGUUUCCAGAUUUAUUUCAUCACCCUGUUUUCAAAAAUGUAUUUUCGUAGUUAGAUUUCAUUCAUAGACAAUUUUCUCAGUACUUAAAUGCUAAGCACCUGAAAUGUAUCUCUAAAUUUGAGCAUAUUAUAGAGCUUGUAUGUUGAACCUGAACCAAGUAUGUGUUGGUACAUGAUCAGUAUUGAAAUAUUAGUGGUUUUAUUUGGGAAUAGCAGGACAUCUACAGUUACACAGGUUAAAUUGUAGCUUCUGUCGACACCCUGACACUGUUAGGAUUCAGAGAGUCUCUGUGAGAGUUUUCACCCCAUUGGCCCAGGCCCAGAGAGAGUGUGGGGUAACCAGGGGCCAACAGUCACUCAUACUGUGCCCCCAUUCAAAGUCCAAGAUGUUUUACUUGAUGAUUUAAUGUUGUCUCAUUACAUUACUCUUGAUUUAUUUUUAUUCUACUGGAAAGACAUUUUAUGAUAUAAAUAAAUUUGUUUUUCCCAGGGAAAAAAAUCUCCGAAUCUCUGUGGAAAUAUGUAAAUAGGCUGAUAAUUUUGGGGAAGCAACCAGCAUGAAAUACCAAGUAGAUCUCUGCACAAUGUUUUGCUCUCACACAGUCCAGACUGAAUGAUGGUCAUGGCAAUUUGACAGUGAAAUUCUGUCCAACAACAGUGAUGUUACUAAUAAACCAGUGCCUGCUUCUCUGUUCCCAUUCUCCCUCAGUAUUAGCGGGUGUAAUCUGAGAUGAGUCACUCGCAGCAGCCAAUUCCGUUCUUAUCAAGGAGGAGACAAUAGUGAAAGUGACCCAAGUGUUUUAAGUCCUAACAUGUUUAAGGUCGUUCUCAAGAGGUGUUGAUAAUCUUUUGCCUCGGCGUUAAUCCUUUUAAACAGAUUCUGUUCAAAAGUACGAUUUAAGAUCAGCUCAACUCUACUCCACAAGGCUUCUCAAGCCUGCUAGUUUGAAAGGUUUUUAGUUAAGUCUGCUUCUUAAACCAGACCAACAAGGACAACAUUGUCUGAGGAUCAUGAGGGAGGGAGGGUAUUUUUGUCUUCAGGAUUGACUUAAUACAAGGAUGGCUUGCUACAACGUAAUCAUCUGUAAACACAUUUGGACAGGGACCUUUUUGAAGUCUAUGAUGUCUUUCCAGCAGCGGUUCCCACGCCAGCUGCUGAGAAACCUUUCAUAGUGCUCCGACAUGUUUGGCUUGAUGCAUCACAGAGACUCUUCACUCGCUCUCCAGAACAAAGACAACUUUAAUUCUCUUUUCAUACAAAAUAUUUAAUAAAUAUGACUUUCAAAAAUAUAUUGCCAGAUCAACACAUAAUUCUCAAGUUCAUAACAAGUCAAAAAUAGGACAAAAUGUUGCCAUGAUCUCAAAGGGUUAACAAAUGAGAUAAAACAUGUUUGUCUUUAAGAGCCUUAUUUUAAAAAGAAACAAAUGUGCACAGAAACAAAGCAGACUCUUGCGGAGCAAGGCAGUGUAUUUUAUCUGAUUCUACAGUGUUCCCAUUGCCCCCCUACUGUUCAAGUACUCGUGGUCUAGCUUAUGAUAUUAUGCUGACUAAAGCAGAUGGGAAUUCUGGCGUGUCGUUUUGAUGUGACUCGCCUUGCACGUUGGUGGAUUUUGACAGCCUUUGAAAUAUGUCAAUGGGUUAAACUGAAGCUGCUAAAGGAUUUUGUUCCCUUAAUCCAUUAGUGGCAAGCAAUAUGUCUGCCACCAUGUCCAUCCCUAAAAGCAGCCGUGAUCUUUUGUUGUCCUAACCUCACUUGCCUUCAAUCAAGGUCCUGGCAACAAAUAAUGAAAUGUCAAAUGUGAGGAAAAA